AUGAUAGGGUAGCAAAUUUCUGAUGACCAAAUUAACGAGUACUUUGAUAUAAUAUUCGGGACAUACUUCAAGGACAACCAUUCAAAUCAAAUUGAUAAAAAGACAUUUUCUGAAGUUACAGAGUCAGAGGUCCGCAUGGUCAUUAAAAAGGAUAUUGAAACCUUGCAAAUAAUUGAGGAUGUAGACUCAAUGGAUGACUGUGAGAUAAAUGGUGUGGUGGAGGUUCAGAAUGAUGAGAUCUACGACUACGAGAGUUUCGAAACUUUCAAAGAUGCGAUCUAUACCAUAUUCGACACAUAUGCAGAAGGUUAUCAUGGAUAAAAAUGUCUUGAUCUAUUAUAACUCAACAAGAUGGUGAAUCCAGAUGUUGUGCCUCAUGCUCAAAGACUAGACUGGCUUAUAAAUGAUCUCUAAUUUGAGAGUUAAGUAGGUAUGCACAAAUUAACUAUUGAAGAUCUUGAGAGACUUCUUACGCAGUAUGAUGAAUUCUUGAAGGCACAUUACAAGUAACAAAGCUAAAAGAAGUCUGUGAGAAAACUCAUAGAAAAUCUGCAAGAAUUUAACAAGAAUAAUGACUCUCCACUUGAGCUUUUAAAGGAUCUGUUCAUGUAUCUUAUAUAGAAGCAAAAAUUCAAAAAGUAUGAAUCAGAUGACUGGUUCUAAUUGGUGAAUGCCAUCCACUAGUUCCUUGUCAACAUUGAAUCUGAGACCACUUCAGAUACGAUCAGACUUGACAAAAAAGAGAGCUCAGACUACACCCUCUCCUAUAUCGAAAAUGAGCUACGUAGUUACAAGGACCAAAAUAAAACUUUAUUUGAGAUGAUUGAUUCUCAUAAAAGUGAAGUGAAUCUUUAUUUAGUAGAAAAAUAAAAGCUUAAAGAUGAAGUCUUUAGAUGCAAGUCUACAAUCAGUCAACAGCAAGAAGAAAUUGAGUAGCUAAAAAAGCUAAAAGCUGAUUAUGAGGAUAAGUUCUAAAUGUAGGACGAAGAACUAUUAAACCUCUAAGAAGAAAAUGAUGAAAUAAAUAAACAACUGGAAGGUGGUGAACCAGGAAUGAAUAAAACUUCGAAGAGAUUCUAGAAUAAAUAAGAAAAUAAGGCAAACCAAAAAUUGAAGUUUAGACACAGUGUUAUGGACGGUAGCAUCAGAUCAUUUGUCUCAGGUCUAGAAACCACCGCUAAUAAUGAGCAAGGAUACAAACAGGAAUUAGAUAGACUGGUAGAGGAGAGAGACAAGUACAAAAAGCUAUACGAAAAGAUGGAAAAAGAGGUUAAUUCAUUAUAGGAUGAACUUGAAGAACUUCACUUAAGACAUUCAGCAGAACUUAAAGCUGUAAAAAGCAACCUUGAAGCAAACUUGAUAUUAGAGCAAAGAGUCGCAGCUGACAGAUAUGAAACCUAGAGUUAUAGAAGUAAAAUAUAAAGAGUAGGUGGGCUUGAUGACUUCCACAGUUAAAUGGGAAGUAGCAUGUUUACUCCAAGACCAAGAGGUCCAGGUAGCAAACAUUCUGGUGGAACUAAUAUUCACCGUCGAGGGGAUGGUUCAAUGGGUUCUAGAUAUUCUAAUAAUUCUACCAGUGUUAUAAUGAGAGUAAUUGGAAAUAGAAGCAUUGCAUCUCAAAGUAAUAGAAGUUUCAUCUCAGGAUCAUCUAUGGGCAGCACAAUUCUUGGAUAGAGGAGGAGACGUCAGGGUCUUGGUAUGGGAAAAAAUAGACACAGAGGCAAUUAAAGUUAUAGCGGUAGUGUCAGAUCAGGCAAAUCCGGCAGAUCUCGCCGCUCAGGAGUUUAGAUUGUUGACGGAGAAUCUGAAAUGGAUGACGACAACAUUUCAAUGGGCUCCAACUCAAUGGUAAAUAUAAUAGAUAACAAUGACCCACUUACUAAAAAAAUCUUCUAAAACAACCGCAUUUCAGAGGUGCAGGAGAUAGAAGAAGAAAAAUAUGAAGGGGAUUCAAAUAUAGAUGAUUCUUACAUUGAUUCAAACUCAAACUAAAUCAUCAUUAAUUUUGACACCAUUUUUGAGUAAGUUAAGAAAACAGAACCCGACUUUGAGGAUAAGAAUGAUAUGGUGGCAAUGUAUAAGAAUAACGUUUCCUUCAUCAAUUUUACAUCAGCUGAAGUAAUUAUUUUAGAGGCAUACUUAAUUCUAACAAAGAAAUAUCUCUAUCUCUAUGAUUUAAGUAAAGAGGAUUAUCCAUUAUUAUUCACAAAGCCAAUUAAAAUUGAGGAAAUACAGGCAAUACAGAUGACUUUAAAUAAUACAGUUGCAGGAGUAUUCAAAAUAAAGAACAGAGCUGAUGUUAAAUUCGUAGUAUUUGAAGAUGAUAAUUUGGAGUAGUUCGUUAUCUUUGUCAGGAGUGCCUUUGGAGUUAGAGUUGGAGUAGAGUAUCAAGACUAAGUAUUCUUUAAGAAUGAAAAAAAUGAAGAAAAAGCAUUUAACUUAAUAGAUAUGAAAUACUUUGAUCCUAAAGAUCUUAAGGUCCGCUUCAAUAAACCCCAAUUUUAUGGAUUCCUAGAAAAAAUAUCAUGUAACUGGAGAUCUAAAGUCUCGAGCUUAUUUGGAGGUGGAAAUAAGUGGAUCAAAAAGAUGUAUACAAUUAAAAACGGUACGAUGUAUGUGUACGAGUUAAAUAACUAUGACAAACCUUCCAAAGUAUUUUAGGUGUUUACUAUGGGAGUUAUCCCGAUUAAAAGCAAGGAAUAUAACAAAAACCAUGUGUUCAAACUGCUGUGCGGUGAUGAUGAGGAAAGAGUAUUCGCUGCUCCUGACGAUAGUGAGCGUGACCAAUGGGUUACCUGUAUUUAGGAUGCAAUUGAUGAUUAUAAAGAAAAGAAUGCUAGACGCUGA